UACCAGCUAUGAAAUUCAACUCAUAAACAUGAAAAACCUAUAUAGAAAAAAUUACUUCUUUCUAUUGUUCAAAUAAAGUAUUUCCUGAAACUCAAACAGCAACAAACAUUAAAAUCUAAAAAUGUACUUGAACCAUGUUGCAAUUGAUAGUCGUGUUUCUAAACAUCGCAAGUGGAUUGCGCAAUUCCCGGUCCAGCCGAGCAGACACGAUGCAAUAAUGUUGAACAUUAGCACUGAAAAGCCUGGAUGCUCGAUGAGUGCGCGCGCUGAGCUGAGCUGAGCAGAAGGGAGGUACAGCAAUUGCAUCUCUACUUAAAUAGAGACGAGGCGCUGCUAAUUCUCACUGGUUCAACGACUACCUUCUCAGAAAGAUACCUACCAAACUUUGUCUUGAGCCAAAUCCUAUUUCACAUUUUCAUAGAUAUUUCAGAGUCUUCAUUUUUCUUUGAUACAUCAGGAAUCUUUAACAUAAACAUGUCUGACGGAUACAGAAUUCCUUUUGAGGAAAUGCUGAAGUGCAGCAUAUGCCAGGGCAGGAUCAAGGAUGCCAGGAGUCUACCCUGUGGACAUACCUACUGCAAGGAUUGUCUCACUAGGUCUGCUAACGCUACCUACCCUCCCGGAGGCAUCCAAUGUGCAGAAUGCAAGAAUAGAUAUCAGCUACCCUCCGGAGUAGCAAAAGAUCUACCGCGCUGCUUCGCCAUCAACAGCCUCUUGGAUGAUAUCAACGAGACCUUUGGCGAAGGCGACAGCGCCACCCUUGGCAGACAUGGUUUCCAAGUCAAGGAAACGUUCUUCUGCGCAUUCUGCUUAAAUAUGAUGAGACACGCCCGCUAUCUACCUUGCGGACACUCCUUUUGUCGAGAAUGCCUGAAGAUGCAGCCACGAACAACACCAGGUAUCAAGUGCUCCAAGUGCCAGAAGGACCACAACCUACCAGCCCAAGGAAUCGAUGGUCUCCCUGUCGCUUACCGCAUCGAAAGCAUCGUGGCUGAGAUCAGGUCUAACGAAAGUGAAACUAGUGAUGAAUCACAGACGCGUUCCUCCCAGGAGAGACGACAACAACCUCCCCAUCCUCAUCGAUCACCUGACACUCAUUCUAGACCAUUGAUGGAGGACGUUGAUGACGCCAAGAGGAGGGCCCAGGCCCAGGCCGGCAACCAAAUCCAGGUCUUAGUCCGACAAACCAACGGGAGGACCGUCGUCAACGACAUCAGCGCCAACGCCACCGUAGCCGAUCUCCAGCGAGAGGUCACGACAAGAACCAACAUUGACCAGUCCCAGCAGAGGCUGACCUUCAGCGGUCGGAAUUUGGACGACAGAACAAGAACAUUGUCAUCAUAUGGUAUUGCGAAUCAUUCUAAUGUUGAUAUGAAUGCGAGGCUCCGUGGAGGUAGCCAAUAGAUAUUCUUUCCUCCAUUUCCUUUUUAUCAUAUAUCAUUUUUUUUAUUUGUGUGAUUGUUUAUUUAUUAUCAUUAUCAUUGUUAUUAUUA